AUGGCUGCUCCCGAGAUAGACCUUCCGUCCGAUGACGACCUGGGGCGCAAUUCCGAGAACCCUACACUUUUCGGCAACAAGGAAGACAGCGACGAGGAGAAAACGAAUAACUAUAUCGAGGACUCAUCGUCAGCUUCCGUAACCAAAAACUUGGCCUCGGAUAUCUUGGAUCAGAACUCGCCAAUAAUUUAUCAUUUUCUUACUUUUGAAACUAUUCUCCCUUUACCGUCAACGAGCUUUUCUCCAGAUGGACAAGUAGCUCCUCCCCAGCCAGACCUCGUCAAAUACACUUCGCCCUUCGACUGGCCGGAGUCAAGGAAGAGUUUUAUGAUAUGGCUUUCUUGUAUAGCUACAGCUAUCACAGCAUAUACCGCUGGCUCAUAUGCUCCUGCGUCGUCUCAGAUGGCUGCUGAAUGGAAAGUGAGUGAGGUUGCCGUCGUAGCUGGAAUCACCACGUUCUGCAGCGGAUUCGCUAUUGCUCCUAUGGUCCUAGCACCCUUCUCAGAGAUCAAUGGCCGAUAUCCCGUCUUCGUCGGUGCCGGUAUCGUGUACUUGAUUUGUCAGAUUUGCUGCGCUGUUACACCAACUUUCGCAGGUAUGUUGGUUGCAAGGUUUUGGGUUGGUGCUGGGAGUUCUGUUUUCUCGACCAUGGUUGGAGGGGUGGUCAGUGAUUUGUAUCAUGCCGAGGGGAGGAACACACCAAUGGCCCUCUUUUCUGGCGGUGCCUUGUUUGGGACCGGGAUGGGUCCUUUGGUUUCGGGGUUUGUGGCUCAGAAUACCUCUUGGAGAUGGGUGUUCUGGGUUCAGGUUAUUACCUGCGGCUGUUUGAUUACAGCGGUCACUGUGUUCUUCCGGGAGACUCGAGGGAGUAUCCUUCUGAGCAGAAAAUCUAGGUGUCUCAAUAAGUGGUACGAGGAACGAGAAGCAGCAGGCUUUUUUGGUUUCGACAUGGCUGUCAAAUUCGAGAAAACAGAAAGCCAACGAAUUAGAUGGCUAGUCAAGUCUGAUGAAGAGCGCGAGUCAAUCGCCAAGAUGAUAGGCAUCUCCGUCUACCGGCCUUUCCAUCUUCUCAUUACCGAGCCCGUUGUCUUCUUCUUCUCUCUCUGGGUAGCAUUCGCAUGGGCAGUACUCUACCUAACAUUCGGUUCCAUUCCCCUUGUAUUCGGACGCUCCCACGGCUUCGACACCCAACAAAGUGGCGCUGUUUUUGCAGCAAUGUGCGUCGGGGCCUCUCUGUCUACAGUCCUCUCCAUUUACCAGGACCGCAUACUAGCCCGCUACCUUACCUCCAGUGCCAAAAACAUUGAGCACCCCAGCCGCAUCCGACGAGCCAUCGAUCUGUCCUCCCCAGAAGGCCGUCUCUAUUUCGCCUGUAUCGAAUCCGCGCUGCUCCCCAUCGGGCUCUUCUGGUUCGGAUGGUCGCAAUUCCACUCCAUUCCGUGGAUCGUGCCCACCAUGUCCAUCGCGUGUGCUACUAUGGGUAUAUACUCGAUAUAUCUCGCUACCUUCAACUACCUCGCUGACACGUACCAUCGCUAUGCGAGCUCGGCGCUGGCGGCGCAAUCCUUCUGCAGGAAUAUAUUAGGUGGUAUUUUUCCACUGGUUACGGUUCAGAUGUUUAAUGGUUUGACGUUUCAGGGUGCCGCAAGCCUUCUCGGCGGGUUGGCGGCGUUGUUGACGGCUGUUCCGUGGGUGUUGGUCUUUUAUGGACCAAGGAUCAGGGCGAGGAGUAAGUUUGCGAGUGAGAUUAUGUGA